UGGCAUGAAUGUUCCGCAAGUUUUCGGUUUUGGGAGAAAGUUUUUACAGUUUUUGCGCGCUGCAUUGUGCAAGAAUUAUUCGCAAUGGCGCCUCCCGAGAUUGGGCUGCUCGAGGUCCUCGAAAACCUCCUCGACCGGUACAAGAUCAACCUGCUGCAGAUGAUGUUCGGCACCUUCAUCGCCACGAUCGUGUUUUUUGGCGGCCUGAUGACCUUUGUGGAGAAGUACCUGCCGAACAGCAUACGUCAGUCCUUCCGGUAUGGCAAGCACAGUUUCAAGGGCGAAACGGAUCCGCUGGUGGCCUGGCUGGAAGUCCCCAAGUCCUGGUUCAAGCACUUCUAUGUCUUCGCCCUGUUCUGGAGCUGGCUGGGCUUCUAUCUGCUUGUCUCCACCGUACGGGAGCAAAAGGAGGCACCGGAGUAUGUCCUCCGGUUCCUGGACAUCAUGGGCGGCGGACGGAGUCACCGGAAGGUGGAGAUCGACUCCACCACGGCCUGUGUGGGCACACUGAUGCUCACGCUGCAGUGCACCCGGCGUUUCUACGAGACCAACUUUGUGCAGAUCUUCUCCAGAAAGAGCAAGAUCAAUCUGUCCCACUAUGCCGUGGGCUAUGUGCACUACUUUGGCGCCAUCAUAGCUUUACUUUCGAACACCUCUGGCUUUGUGCGCGGCUCCAAGCCCAUGGAGUUUAGCCUGGACAAGCUGACUGGCCAACAAAUACUCUACCUCGUCGUCUUCUUCAUCGCCUGGCAGCAGCAAUAUGCCAGCAACAUGAUACUGGUGAACCUGAGGAAGGAUCCGCACACGGGAAAUGUUCGUACAGAGAAGCAUUUACUGCCCAAGGGAGGACUGUUCAACCUGCUCUCCUCGCCACACAUGUUCCUCGAGGUGGUCAUGUACUUCUGCAUUGCCGAUCUCUACAUGCCCGUGAGAAUUUGGCGGCUCAUCUUCCUCUGGGUGGCCAGCAAUCAAACGAUUAAUGCCCUGCUCACCCACAAGUGGUACCGCGAGACAUUCAGGGAGUACCCGAAGAACCGACGUGCCAUCAUUCCGUUCCUGCUCUGAGUCCGAAGACUGGAAAUAAUUCGCAUUUUUGUACAAAUAAUUUAGUAGUGGAAUUUAUUAAAGUCGUUUUACACGCACAGAAAAUA